AUGGGCAAACUACUCGUCUUCGUUGGUCUGGCUCUCCUGCUGCAUGUGCAGCUAGGAUCAUCCUACAUCCUCUCCUGUUAUUUCACUAACUGGGGACAGUACCGUCCCGGAGCGGGUAAGUAUUUCCCCACAAACGUGGACCCAUGUCUCUGCGACCACCUGAUCUACGCUUUCGCCGGCAUGGACGGCAACAUGAUCAAGACCUACGAGUGGGACGAUGAGAAGCUCUACGGACAGUUCCAGGCCCUCAAGAACGAUAACAGCAAACUGAAGACCCUGCUGGCCAUUGGAGGAUGGAACUUUGGCACUGCCAAAUUCACCGCCAUGGUGUCCAGUCCUGCCAACCGCCAGACCUUCAUCACCAGUGUGAUCAAGUUCCUGCGUCAGUAUGAGUUUGAUGGUCUGGACAUCGACUGGGAGUACCCUGGAUCUCGUGGCUCCCCAGCUGCCGAUAAGGCCCGCUACACCGUUCUGUGCCAGGAGCUGAUGAGCGCCUUCGAGGCUGAGGGCAAGAAGACCAACCGUCCUCGUCUGAUGCUGACUGCUGCUGUCUCUGCCGGAAAGGGAACCAUCGACUCUGGAUACCAGAUUUCCGCGAUCGGAGCUAUCUUGGACUACUUCCACGUGAUGACCUAUGACUUCCAUGGCUCCUGGGAGCACAAUGUUGGAGAGAACAGCCCCCUGUACAAGGGCCCAUCUGACCAGGGAUCCAUGGUCUACUUCAAUGUGGACUAUGCCAUGAACUACUGGAAGAGCAACGGUGUCCCCGCCGAGAAGCUGCUGGUUGGAUUCCCCACCUAUGGCCACACCUUCAAAUUGGCCUCCUCCAACUCCGCCGUGGGAGCCCCCGCCAGUGGACCUGGACCUGCCGGACCCUUCACCCGCCAGGCUGGAUUCUGGGCCUACUAUGAGAUCUGCACCUUCCUGAAGCAAGGAGCCACUCAGGCCUGGGACGCCGUCCAGGAUGUGCCCUAUGCCUUCAACAGCCAGAACAUCUGGGUUGGAUACGACAACGUCAAGAGCUUCCAGAUCAAGCUCCAGUGGCUGAAGACAAGCGGUUUCGGAGGAGCUAUGGUUUGGAGUUUGGACCUGGAUGAUUUCAGUGGCACUUUCUGUGGCCAGGGAAAAUACCCUCUGAUCAACACCAUCAAGACUGCCCUUGGAACUUCCCCUGUCACCCCCACCGCCCACGCCCAGCCUCAGCCCAAACCUGAUGCCGGAGGCAGCGGAGGCAGCAGCAGUGGAGGUGGCACCAGCGGAGGCGGCACCAGCGGAGGCUCUGGAUUCUGCGCCGGCAAGGGCAAUGGACUCUUCCCAGACCCCACCAACAAGAACCACUUCUACGAGUGCAGCCAGGGAAGAACCUACGAUCAGCACUGUGCUGCCGGCCUGGUGUUCGACACCAGCUGCAGUUGUUGUAACUGGGCUUAA